AAAUGGAUGAAUUGGAACAAAUCUUCGACUACAUUGUCUCCAAAAAAUAUCCUAAUUCCGUAAAAACAAAUGGACAAAAAGUCGAUUUUAGAAGAAGAGCUGGCAAGUUCACUGUUGAGGAAGGGGUCCUGAAGCGAGCAGUCAAAGACGAUGUAAAAAACGCCAAGUACCUCAGAAUGAUCACUGACAGAACGGAACAAAUUCGAAUUAUUCGAGCAACACACGGAGGCCUUGGUGAAACCGUGGAAUCAAGAUCGCUGGGAGGUCACCUUGGAUGGGAUAAAACUGAAGGACGGCUAUCUAAAUCAGCGUGGUGGCCAGGUGUUCGCAAGGAUGUGCCCCCAAAACCAUGGUCUCAGAUCGGGGUUGACACAUGUUCCUUGGCGAAAUCUAAAGAUGGUUUUACGUGUAUGGUGGUCGGGAAUUUGUAAACAGUGUGUCCAGGGCUCUACACAAACUGAGUGAUGUUGAACAGAGAGUCACAAGUGCCUACCACCCCCAAGCAAA